CAGUGUGCCCUGGGAGGGGUCAAGGAAGGAGUUCCUACGGGUUGGGGAGUUGUUGUGUGCGAAAAAGCAUUUCUAUCGGUAACAAAGACUGUCAUCGAAUUUUGUCAUCAAGCUAUUGGUGUUGUGGACUGGUGCCAGGCAGAAGUGCUGGAUUGCGAUCUGCGUCACAACGGAAACGCCCUUUGGUUUGGCAACUUCUGCGAUGUGAAAAUGAAACGAUGCAAGAUCUGGGACACGGUUUCCGCGUUUUGUCUUAGGACAAUGUGGGACCACGGAACGAAGUGUAUGGCAAAAGAUCAGGACAUAGAUGAUGGACGUAACGCGAAACUAUCUCUAGAGUCUUGCAAGGUUGAUGCUCCAGCAUUCGACGGGGAGAAAUAUCCAGGAACAUUCAGGAAUUUUUCAUCCAGCUUCACAGUUCCCAUGGUUCCGGCAAAUGCUUCGCUGGUUCGCCCAAAGAUACCGACAAUCAAAGAUCCACAAAAUUUCCACAUGAGGAAUUUGAACAGGAAUCGAUUGGACUAUUUUAAGAGCUUCGGGGCGGAUCCAGAAUUGGUGCAGGAUAAUCCUGAUUACAAGGAUCCGAGUUGUGCCUUCACUCGAUUACACAAGCACAUGGUACCACCACACGAAGAUGUAAAAUGUACGGGCCCUGUCGAAUUCCGGUCCUAGGGGGCAUCGAGGUCGAGAAAACGAUUCUUUACUGUAUUACUAUUGAAACAACGAAAUCUUUC